AUGGCGCUGGCGGGGCGGCGGCCGCGGUGGGAGGACCUCGGCCGGGACCUUCUGGUCUCCAUCUUCGAGAAGAUCGAGAUGGAGGACCUCAUCGCCGGAGUCUCCUUCACCUGCACCGCCUGGCGCGACGCCGCAGGGGAUCCGCUCUGCUGGCGGGAGCUCGACUUCCGCCGGUGGGAGCUCAUCUCCCGCCGCCUCCGCUUCCGCAGGGUUCUCUCCGUCGAUUUCAGGGACCUCCUGCGUUUCUCCAUCGCCAGGGCCGGCGGCACGGUCGACAGCGUCUUCUUCCCCGACUUCGCCGACGAGAUCGACCUCCUCUUUGUCGCCGAAAGGUAAACCUUCCUAGGGUUUCCCUCACCCCCCUCCCGUAUUCCUGUCGAUCUCGAUUGCUUUCUGAUUCGGAAUGGGAAUCUGUUGAAUCUGUGGCAAGCUUGCUCGCCGAGCUGGAACAAUGGCGAGCUCUGACCAGGUGCGUUUUCCUGGACAUCCAGGUGCCCUCGUCUGCGCUACUUCCAUCUCGGAAACGACGAAGAGCCGACCGACCAGUUUCUCCAGGCGAUCGACAAGCUCCGGCAUCUGCAGGGGAUGGCGGUGAAUGAGGCCGUCAUCUGCGAGGAGGUGCUCGAGAUCCUGACCAGAUGCCGCGCCACCUUCACCGAGCUCGAAGUCUUCGCCGAGCGCGUGAGCGAGAACAUGGCCGCCGCGAUCUGCGACGCGCUCCCGAAUCUCAGGAAGCUCAGGCUCAGGGACUGCAAGAUGUCCCAACCCGUCCUCCUCCUGUUCCUCGAUGAGCUGAAGGACCUCGAGAGCCUGGACAUCUCCGGUUACAGUGCUCCGAGAAUCACGCGGCAGGUCCUAGAGAAGGCGUCGAGGUUGAAGGAGUUCCUGUGGGAAUCGGAGCUCGACCUGGGCGACCUCUACCGCUGCUCGGGUUCCUGCGGAGACAUCUUCUUCCAGGGUUCCCGCGAUUGA